CUGUGGUCCUGCUGAAGUGUCUUUGAACCUGAACCAGGAAGAGAGAAACCCGAGAGCCAAUCAUCCGACAUGGAGGGGAGGCGUCUUCUGCUCGGCCUCGUGCUAGCAGCGUGUUUCUACGGCGGCACGGCCCAGAGGACAGUCUGCACGCAAGAGGCUGUAGCUGACAUCAUCUUCAUGGUGGACGGGUCGUGGAGCAUCGGAACCCUGAACUUCGAGCAGAUCCGUCAGUUUCUGUACACGCUGGUCAACAGCUUCGACGUCGGGCCGGACCACGUUCGCAUCGGCUUGGUCCAGUACAGCACGACGCCACGUACCGAGUUCCUACUCAACUCCUAUCAGAACAAGGAAGACAUACUCCAGUACAUCAGCAAACUACCUUACAUGGGGGGCGGCACCCAGACAGGCCAGGGCUUGGACUUCAUGAUGAGAGAGCACUUUACGGACAGAGCUGGGAGCCGGGCGAACCAGAAGGUGCCGCAGAUCGCUGUGGUGAUCACCGAUGGCAAAUCACAAGACAACGUGGAGUCCCACGCCCAAGAUCUGAAGCGCAAGGGAAUAGUUUUAUAUGCGAUCGGAAUCAAAGACGCAGACGAAGAGCAACUGAAAGAGAUCGCGAACGAGCCGCACAGCCAGCACGUGUACAGCGUGUCGGACUUCGCGGCCCUGCAGGAGAUCUCUCUGAGCAUUGUCCAGACGCUGUGCACCACCGUGGAAGAAGCCAAACGACAACUCCUGCAGUUGUCUGAAGACUGUGUCAAAGCUACCGUGGCCGACAUCGUCUUCCUCGUGGACGGAUCCUCCAGCAUCAGCCGAACUCAAUUUCAGGAUGGUCAGCAAUUUCUUCGCAGUGUUGUUGAAGGCCUGGACAUCGGCCCUGACAAAGUCCGGGUUGGUUUGGCACAGUACAGUGAUGAACCGCACUCGGAGUUCUUGCUGAAGGAUCACGUGGACAAGCAAUCCCUGCUGACUGCGAUAGACACGUAUCCCUACCGAGGAGGCAACACUUAUACCGGGAAGGCCAUCGACUUCCUCAGGGAGACGUACUUCACAGAAGAGGCCGGGAGACCCAACGGCCAGCGAGUGCCUCGGAUCGCUGUGAUCAUAACAGAUGGCGACUCCACAGAUGAGGUGAAAGACCAGGCUAAGAAGCUGCGGAAUGAAGGUGUUAUUGUAUUUGCCAUCGGGGUGGGACAGGCCAACAUCGAGGAGCUCGGGUUCAUCGCCAGCAAACCUCUGGAUCGCUUCCGACUCACCAUCAAUAGUUACGAAGCUCUCAAGACGCUGAGAGAGGAACUACUGCGAACUGUUUGUGUCUCCAUGGAGGAUCAGAGACAAGCAUUGGCAGAAAGGUUUUCAGACAUUUUCUUCCUCUUGGACGGCGGCGUGAGUGUCGCAGAGUUCCAGCAGGUCAGGAGCAGCCUCAUCAGACUGGUCAAUCAGUUUAACGUCGGAGCAUCUUACCACCGUAUUGGCUUGGCUCAGUAUGCUGAAAAUACCACGGUAGACUUUUUUCUAAACCGUUACCAAACCAAAAAGGACACCAUGGACGCUCUAAAGCGUUUCCGGAAGCGUCAGGUGAAACCUAGCGCGCCGCGUAACCUGGGCAGCGCCCUGCAGUACGCAAGCACUCACUUUUUCACCCGAGAAAAAGGAAGUCGUGCAGACCAAGGAUACCGACAGGUUCUGGUUGUUCUGAGUGGAAAGGAUUCAGAUGAUCCUGUGUAUACGGGGACUCGUCAAGUCAAAGCAGAAGGAGUCACUGUGGUCGGGGUGAACCUCAAAGCAUCCACAGAAAUGGGUUUCAUAUCCACCGCAUCUUAUUCCUACAAUUCCAUCACCGAUGCUGUAUCUGUACUGAAAACUCUUUCUGAAAAACAUGACCAGGAAGCAACUCCUACUGGAGAUUGCAGUGCAGCCACAUUGGCUGACAUCGUGUUCAUUGUUGAUGAUUCCACAAACAUCGGACGGGACAACUUCAGACUCGUCCGCAACUUCCUGCACUCGACCGUGAGCGGCUUCGACGUCGGUCCAGACAAAGUCCGAGUUGGCAUCGUGUUGAACAGCAACGUGCCCAGCGCGCAGGUCUACCUCAGCACCUUCGAGGACAAGACCGACCUGCUGAACUUCAUCAAGAUUCUUCCGCACCAUGGAGGAGACACUUACACUGGAGCGGCACUGAAUUUCACCCGAGAAAAUCUUUUUAUCAAGGCCAACGGAAGCCGGCUGCAGAAGGGCGUUCAGCGCGUGGCGGUCGUGGUCACGCUCGCUGACUCCAAGGACGAUGUGAGCCGAGCAGCAGCUUUACUCCGUCGGGAGAACGUCACUGUUUACUCGGUCGGAGUUCAACAUGCCCACUGGAGCCAGCUGGAGGAGAUGGCGUCUCAUCCCGUCUCCAAGCACAUGUUCACCGUGGACAGUUUUGUCAAACUGAAAUCUUUUGAGCAGAACCUGCAGAAAAUCGUUUGCUUUAACAUUCUGCGAGAAGCGUUCUCAGUCGAGACGAGAAGAACCGGAAUCAAAGAAGGGUGCGUUCAAACAGAUGAAGCAGAUAUCUUCUUCCUGAUUGAUCACUCAGGAAGUAUUUAUCCCUCAGACUUCACUGACAUGAAGAAGUUCAUCAUAGAGUUUCUCGACACUUUCCGCAUUAGCAAAGAUCAUGUCCGUGUUGGAGUGGCAAAAUAUGCAGAUUCGCCAAACUUAGAAUUUGAUCUGGAUAAAUACGAGAAUGCCAUUAAAUUGGAGAAAGCGGUGGAGGAAAUAAAACAAGUAGGAGGCGGGACAAAGACCGGAAAAGCAUUGAAUUUCAUGAGCCCACUUUUUGAAAAAGCGUCGCUCACCCGAGGACACAAAGCUCGUGAGUUCCUGGUCGUCAUCACUGAUGGAAAAUCUGCUGAUGACGUCAAGGUUCCUGCAGAAACACUGAGGGCUCAGGGCGUCAUCAUCUACGCCAUCGGGGUGAAAAAGGCAAAUGAAACGGAGCUGCUUCAGAUUGCCGGUGACAAACAGAAGAUGUUCUUUGUUAAAAACUUUGAAGCCCUAAAGCCAAUCAAGGAUGACAUCAUCACAGACAUAUGUUCUACAGAAGUUUGCAAAGACAGACCAAGAGACCUCAUCUUCUUGAUUGACAGCUCAGGGAGCAUCCAUCCAGCAGACUAUGAUAAAAUGAAGGAAUUCAUGAAAUCUCUCAUUAGCAAGUCCGCCAUCGGGCAGAAUGAUGUGCAUGUUGGUGUCAUGCAGUUCAGCACAACUCAACGACUUCAGUUCCAACUCAACGAACACUACAGCAAAGCGGAAAUGUCCGACGCCAUUGAUGGUAUGGUUCAGAUGAAGCAACGCACACACACGGGUGAAGCGCUCACAGCUGUGUCGCAGUACUUUGAUGCGAGCAGCGGAGGGCGUCCUGACCUGAGGCAGACGCUGGUGGUGGUGACAGAUGGUGCAGCUCAAGAUGCUGUGAAGAGACCCGCGGAGGAUCUGAGAGCCAAGGGGGUGGUGAUCUACGCCAUCGGAGUUGGAACUGAAGUUAACAACACCCAACUGCUGGAGAUCAGCGGGUCGCCAGAUAAGAUGUAUGCUGAGCCGAACUUUGACGCCUUGAAGGACUUGGAGAACCAGCUGGUCAUGGAUAUGUGUGAGCCAGAGAGAGAUUGUAAGAAGACAUUAAAGGCUGAUCUUAUUUUCCUGGUGGAUGGUUCCAGAAGCAUCUGGCCGCCUCACUUUGUACUCAUGCAGAAGUUUAUGGAGUCAGUGGUGAAUCUAACCACAGUUGGUAAAGACCUGACUCGCGUCGGGGUCAUUAUGUUCUCCGACAAACCCGAAUCCAUUUUUACUCUGAAAAAGUACAGCACCAGGAGAGAGAUUCAUAAGGCCAUAUCAGCCCUGACUCGUCCUGACAACAUGACCUACACUGGAAAAGCCUUAAAAUAUACAUUACCGUUCUUUGAGGCUGAAAAUGGAGGUCGAGCCGCACUCCGGGUGCCUCAGAUUCUCAUGGUGAUCACAGAUGGCGAUGCUACUGAUCCUAAAACUCUGGCUGCACCAUCCUCGGCACUGCAACAAAAAGGAAUCCGUGUCUUCGGUAUCGGCGUUGGAGAAGCGAACGUGACUCAGCUGGAGAUCAUGGCUGGUGGUGACAAAUCCAGAGUUUUCUAUGUGGACAAAUUCGAGGCCUUGGAAACUCUGUACAAGAAUAUUUCUGGAGUUCUCUGCGUUGACACCAAGCCAGUUUGUGAAAAGCAGCAGGCUGACCUGGUCUUCGUACUCGAUCAGUCUGAAUCCAUCUCACAGGUGGAAUACUCCCUCUUGAAGAAUUUCACAGCUGAGUUAGUGAAGAGCUUCAACAUCAGUAAAGAUGUAGUGCACGUUGGACUAGGCCUGUUCAACCACAUCUUUCAGCAUGAGUUUUACCUCAACGAAUUCUUCUCCGAAAAAUCAUUAAUCAAGCACAUCAUGGAUAUGAAUCAGAUCAAGGGAGGAACCUCGAUUGGAAUGGCCUUGAAGUCCAGCCAGGAAUAUUUCAAGAAAUCACGGGGAAGCCGUGCAUCUGAAGGGAUCUCCCAGAAUCUGGUGCUGAUCACAGAUGGCCAAUCACAGGAUGAGGUGGGAGAAGCAGCCGAUGAGCUCAGGGUUCUGGGGGUUGAGGUCUUCGUCGUCGGCAUCGGAGAGAUCAAUCACCAGCAGCUCCUGAGGAUUACUGACUCGAAUAAGGUCUUUACUGUGGAGAACUUCGGGAGCUUGGUAAAGAUCAAGCAAAAGGUGACGAAUCGCAUCUGCGAACCCAUCAGACAACCUGAAGGCUGCACCAUCCAUAUCGCCAUGGGAUUUGAUAUUUCUAGAAACAGAAAUCCUGGGGACACGCUGAUCAGCGGCCACCCCAAGCUCGAGAAGUUCUUACCAGAAAUCGCUAGUUACGUUUCUUCAGUAUCAGACCUCUGCUGCGUCAACCCCUCAACUGUUGAGACCGGCAUCGGCUUCCGAGUGGUGCGUCAGGAUGGAAUCAUCCUGGACGACCACGGCUUCAAGCCUUACAGCAAAGACAGAGUGAACGAAGUCAAGAGCCUGACGAUUGCGGAACCAACUAAGUUCAACUCUAUCCUGCUGGAAUCCUUCAAGAAAAAGUUCAUGGAGUCCAAUGCUGGAGUGAAGGUGCUGGUGAUCUUCUCAGACGGACUUGAUGAAGACGUGAUGACGCUGAAGAGAAAAGCAGAAGAGCUGCGACAGUCUGGCGUCAGCGCCCUGCUGAUCGUGGCGCUGGAGGGAGCGAGUGGCUCCGCCCAGCUGCAGAUGCUCGAGUUCGGGCGAGGAUUCGGAUACAAGCUCCCGCUGAGCAUCGGCAUGUCGAGUGUGGGCAGCAGCGUCCUCAAGCAGAUCGACACCGUGUCCAACAAGGAGUGCUGCGACGUCCUGUGCAAGUGUUCGGGACAUGAAGGCAUCCGUGGCUCUUGGGGGCCCCCGGGGUCAAAGGGUCCGACUGGACAGAAGGGAUAUCUGGGCUUCCCAGGAGACGAGGGCGGUGCCGGCGAGCGGGGGGGUCCCGGGCCGAGCGGACCCCAGGGCCUGGAGGGCUGCUCGGGACUCAGAGGACCAAAGGGCUUCAGAGGCAUCCGGGGGGACAGGGGCGGAGACGGCGAGGACGGACUGGACGGAAUCAACGGAGAACAGGGACUGACGGGAAACAGCGGAGGCCUGGGAGAGAGAGGACACCCAGGAAACCCUGGUAUCCCCGGUAUCAGAGGGGAGGCGGGGUUUAAAGGACAGCGAGGACUGAGAGGAGAUCCGGGUGAAUCAGGCGCUGACAACACAACCCCAGGACCCCGAGGGGAACCCGGCAACCCGGGGUCACCGGGAUCAGCCGGACCGGACGGACGUGCGGGUGAGGGCGGAGUCCGCGGAAACCCGGGUCCGAAUGGAAGGAGGGGGCCGCUGGGGGAGAAGGCGGCCUCUGGGAGCCCAGGAGAUGCAGGAGUACCAGGCAGCCCUGGAGCUUCUGGUCCACAGGGUCCCCGAGGGGUCAGAGGUCAACCUGGACCGAGGGGAGGCGCGGGUCUUCCCGGACCACAGGGAGGACCAGGAGCAGCUGGAGCGCCGGGUUCCGUCGGGCGGCGUGGAGCCAACGGGCAGAAGGGCCAACCAGGAGACGCCGGGGGUGCGGGGGGGCCGGGACCCCAGGGAACCAGAGGAAUGCCGGGUCAGGAUGGGAGAGAUGGGCACGGACCUCCGGGACCGAGAGGUGUCAAGGGAGAUGCUGGUUUCCCUGGUUACCCUGGUCUCCCGGGUGAGGACGGAGUGCAGGGACCCAAAGGAGCCGCAGGUCCUCAAGGCAACGCCGGCCGAGGAGGGAACUCCGGCCGGCCGGGGGAGUCGGGAGCGUCUGGAGAGCCGGGUUACUCCGGACACAGAGGGCAGCGAGGUCUGCCCGGAGGCAAAGGCAUGACGGAGUGUCAGCUCGUCACCUACAUCAGAGACAACUGUGCUUGUUCCUUCGAUCGGUCCGCGUGCCUGGCCUACCCCAUGGAGCUGGUGUUUGGUCUGGACAUGUCUGAGGACGUGACCCCGGUGGCCUUCGAGAGGCAGCGCGCUGUCCUCCUGUCGCUGCUCGAGGACGUGGCCAUCGCCGAGAGCAACUGUCCGACCGGCGCCCGGGUCGCCGUGGUCGGGUUCAGCGCCUACGCCAAGUACCUGAUCCGCUUCCAGGACUACCGCCUCAAGAAGCAGCUCAUGGAGUCAGUGAAGAACAUCGCCCUGGAGAAGACCUCCAACAAACGCCACCUCGGGGCCGCCAUGCGCUUCGUGGGUCAGAACGUCUUCAAGCGGGUGCGAGCUGGGAUGAUGAUGAGGAAGGUGGCGGUCUUCCUCUCCAACGGGCCGACACAGGACCUGGAGAACAUCGUCACGGCUGUGAUGGAGUACCGCGCCCUGAACAUCGUCCCGGCCGUCAUCUCUCUGAAGAACGCUCCCGCCAUCGCUCGAGCCCUGGAGGUCGACGACUCUGGGAACUCCAUCUUCUCCGUGCUGGGUCGGGACAUGUCUGCCGACCUGAGGAAGGUGAAGAACUGUGCCAUCUGCUACGACCCGUGCAGCCGAGCCGCCGAGUGCAGCUCGGUCCCGGAGCCGCUGCCGCCGCAGGACCUGGACGCCGACCUGGUGCUGCUGCUGGACGGGUCCCGGGAGAUGCAGGCGGACGAGUUCUCCGGCGCCCAGCAGCUCCUGAGCUCGGUGGUGGAGCAGCUGGUCGUGAGCUCGCAGCCGCGCCGGCCCGGCAGACAGGCCCGGGUGGCGCUGGUCCAGCAGAGCGGCGCCCAGGCGCCCAAGGUGGAGUUCGGUCUGCUGGCGUCCCAGAACCACAGCGUGAUGAGGACGCACCUGAUGCACGGCCUGCGGCAGCAGGGCGGAGCCUCGGCCCUGGGUCACACGCUGGAGUUCACCCUGAACGAGCUGCUCCUGAAGGCGCCGCACCCCCGCAGCAGGAAGGUGCUGCUCGCCGUGGUCGGCACCCGGACCGCCGAGUCCGACCGGGCCAAGCUGCAGUACGUCUCCCAGAAGGCCAAGUGUGAGGGCGUGGCCGUGUUCGUGGUGACGGUCGGCGAUCGCUACAGCCGGGCGCAGGUGGAGGCGCUCGCCAGCCCCCCCGUCCAGCAGCACCUGAUCCACCUGGGACGCCCCAGGGCCGACGAGCAGGGAUACGCCCGGCGCUUCUUCAGAGUCUUCCUCUGCGCCCUGAACAACGGACUGAACUCGUAUCCCCCCCCAGCGUCCAAACAGAGGUGUGACCAGCUGAAGGGUCAGACUGGAGGACAGGUCUUCAUCCCCGGUCAGGGGCAGGAGGCGUGGCAGGAGGAGGCGGAGUUUGCGGAUGAGGCGCAGGAAACGUUCCAGGAGACGAGGAGACGGACACAGAGCGGACAAGUGGACGUCCUCCAGAUGCUGAGCUCAGGAGAGACACACACACUGAUCACUGGAGGCAACGCCCGGUGUCGGCUGGACGCUGACGCCGGUUCGCAGUGUGACGACUUUGUCCGAGUUUGGUUCUUUGACCGGCUCCUCGGUGCAUGCGCCCCCUUCUGGUUCGGCGGUUGCGGCGGUAACGACAAUCGCUUUAACACGGAAAACGAAUGUUUGCGGACGUGUGACAGUCCGAGCGUCCUGACGCCGCCGGCGCCGAGCAGCUUCGUCUCCAAAGACGCCUGCUUCCUGGGCCAGGACCCCGGCGGCUGCCAGGCCUACACCAUGAUGUGGUUCUUCGACACCGAGCAGAACGAAUGUUCUCGCUUCUGGUUCGGAGGCUGCGGCGGCAACGAGAACCGCUUCCAGACGCAAGACGAGUGUGAGAACCUGUGUUUGACGAAGAGUCGAUGAAGAGGAGAUCAGUUGCAUCAGACACAAAGAACAAGAGCAUUUCAGGAAAAACAUGCAUCUUCAAGGAAAACCACCAGGGGGCGGCCAUGAGUUCUUUAAAAGUCUUUAAACUGCAAAUGUCUCCAGGGAAAGUUUGAAUUGUCUUUAAUUUGACUCGUAGACGAGUUUCCUGUGUUUUCUUCAACGUGCACGUUUGAUUUCCUGCCGAGCUUCAAGAUCCGGAGCGACUUUCACGAGCGAACGAGGGAAUGAAACAUUAAAGUGAGUUUAUAUCAACUGUGAAGUUUGGUUUCAUCAUUAAUCACAAUGUUUUAAAUCAAUAACUAAUAAUCCGAUGUUUUUCCGGGGCUGAACCUGAACGUCUCAGUGAAAACGUGUUGAAGAGAAAAACCUAAAAGAUGUUUUAUCUGGAAACUUUCUUUUCAAAGUUUGGGACCAAACUAGUUUUUUUUAAUCAAAUAAUCAAAUAUAAAUUAUUUUCAUUUCAACAAGAUUAGUAACGAUCAGUAUGUGAACACACACAAACAACUACAGAAGAAAACUCAAAAUGUAAAAUGUAUCCGCUCCAGUUUUUAGAAUAUAUUCUUUAUCGUACAAUUUUGCUUCGUUAUUGCAAAAAUAAUCAGUGUUUUUUCUGCUUCAUUCUGUUUUAUUUUCAUGUUUCCUGAACUUGUUUAAAUCCGGUUUGAUGAACUUUCAGUUGUUGAGCUGCAGCUUCGUUAAUGAUUAAAAAUAAAGUUUCAAACUGACA